GCAAUGCGUAAUCGUGUGCCGGAUAGCUGGACCAGGCGUAUCAUGUGUCGUACACAAUAGAAAUAAGUUCAAGUUCCUCGAGUAAUGUUGGGAAGUAGAAUCAUAAACCACCGACAGCAUGUUGGACUCCAGAAACUCCUGGCACUGGCAGGAGUCUCACAUUCCUUAUUGGGCCCCUAUAAAAAGUACAAGUUUAUCCAAGAUGACGAAAGUGGGGACUCUGCGCUAGUGUGCUCCUGUUUUCGCAUCAUUGAGACCCUGGAGCUGACCUGUGCAGUGGGUCAGCUGGUUUAUGAGACUAUUCAAGCACACCAGAAGGUCUACCAUACAGGGUCGGGAUGCCUGUUGUUUCUAGCUGGAGCCUGGAGCCGCGCUGCCCUGGAAUGUCUUCAGAGAGGAAUUUCAGUAGCACACAUAGUCUCAGCUAUGUCGGAAGGGAUGGAUGUCUGUCUGGAUGCUUGCAGGAAAUGUGCCGUUUCAAUUGAGGGUCUGGGUGUGACGCCAUUAGAAAGGUUUGCUGUCCAGCUGCCUGAGGAACCCAUCGCAGAUUCAUCACGUGCAUUGUGCAGUGUGCAGGGGACAAUAAAGGAGACUCUAAAGGUCAGUGAACAGAGAAAAAUAAAACUCAGCAGACAUUUUUGUGAGACAAAGACUGAAAAUGUCUCCACAGUACUGCUGCAGUCUCCUCAGCCCAAGCUUCUUGACAUUGUACACGUCGCUGAGGGAUUGAGCCAUGGCUGUGAUGAUGCAAUGAAAUUAGUUGUCAAAGCCGGUGAGAUGCAGUCAAAAAGUAAUCAAGAAGAAGUGAGUUAUUCCGUGUUUGACAUUAGUAAAGUGGUGACUUGUGUGCUCCCUGGUCUACCAGAGGACCAUGCCUGCGUUGUAGUUGGCUGCGUUGUUCUCUUAUCUGCUGAACAGGCUUCAGUCGCUCAUCAAUUAAAAGAACAGCACCUGAAGGUGGUUCUUCUUAAUGGAGAUUUAUCACACACGUAUCGCCAUCUUGGCUUUAACAGGCCGGCAGGUAUCCACCGUGUGAGCAAUCAGACGGAGCUGUCGAGCUCGAGCAAAGAGGAUGAAUGGGUGGAACAGAUCGUGACACAUCUGCUGAACCUGGAAGUGAACCUGAUACUGAUCAAUGGGCACGCUUGUGAAAAAGUGAUUCAGCGCUGUUGUAGGCAUCGUGUACUUGUAGUGGAAAAUGUGAAGGGUUCAGUUUUGAAGACGUUUGCUAAUUUGACUGGAGUCGUUCCUCUGACGUAUGCUACGCAGUUGAGCAAGCACAAUGUCGGCACGGGGGUGAAGAUUGCAAUAUGGAAGGACCUCAGCAGCCGUGAUUGGAAGUCUUUAGCUGUGAAUAUCUCAACCGUCAGAAACAGCGGGCUGGUCACGGUGAUCCUUACAAGCUGUAUACACGGAAAGCUGCAGGCCCUGGAGGACCAGUUUUGGGCCUGUGCUUAUCGCUUACACUAUGCACUAAAGGACAGAGCCCUCCUACCGGGGGCUGGUGGGACAGAAAUGUUUUGUAUUCAUCGCCUACAGAAGCGAGCGGAGUAUCAUGUGAUGCAUCAUAGAGAAAAGCCCGGUGAGACAGACUCUAACCGUUACAGGAGUGUAGUGUUGGACCUCAUGGCAGAAGGUUUGAUAGAUUACAGAUCCACUGUAAUGGUUAACACCGGAAGAAUGGCAAAAGUCAAAGCUAGGACUGCGGUGAGCCAACAACUGCAGGACUAUAACAGGCAUCCGGACAAUCCUGCAGAGUCUCCACAGCUUUUGUUGGACACUGAAAAAGAGGAGCGUGAAGUUUUCACAGCACCGAAACCCUGUGAAGCGCGAGCAGUGGAAAUCUAUGAUAAUCUGAGUGUGAAGCAGGAAGCAUGGAGGAAAGCCUUAGAUCUUGUCCUCUUGGUGUUACAGACUGAUGCAGAGAUCAUCACGGGCAUAGACCAAAAAACUGAGAUUACGCACGAAAAUCUCGCGUUCUUAUGAUCUUCAAGCAGAAUGUUUCACCGUACAACGCAAACUGAUUUUACUUUUCUUCCUAAAUACAAAGUGAUUUGUGACAUGAGCUGAAAAUAAUCCACAGUCAGGGACAUUUUUUUGGCAAUCUUUAUUACUCGGUUUCUACCACAAGGGGGAGACAUCUUCAUUGGUUCUUUCAUGUAACGCAGGGCUCUUCAACUCCAGGCCUCGAGGUCUGGUGUC